AUGCGCUUGGAAAAAACAACGAUUUCUCUUUUUGCAGAAAAACCUGCCAUUGCUCCACCUGUCUUUGUAUUUCAGAAGGAUAAAGCACAGAAGUCCCCUGCAGAGCAAAAAGAUUUGUCGGAUUCAGGCGAGGACCGACAGGGAGAGGUUGAGCCCCCUCACCAUGGUCUGGGUCACACAGAAUCAGCUGGUGAGCGCGACUUUGAGCUUCCUGCUCCCGCUGUUGCCUCAGUCAGUGCUACUGUGAGUCCCGCUUCUGAAGCCCAGCUUGCUCCUAUUCAACAAGAACUGGCAGGGAGAUCAGCAGAUGGAUCAAGUCCAGAAGAUGGAGAUGAAUCUGAUCGAGAGGAUGGAAGCUACUGUCCACCUGUAAAGCGUGAGAGAACUUCAUCUUUAACUCAGUUCCCUCCUUCCCAGUCAGUAACAAAGAACAACGUCUUUAUGCCAUCAAGCUUCUGUGAAACUUCUACGGGCAAUUCUGACUCAGAACCAGAGGAAAAGAGCAGUGGAUUCCGGCUGAAACCACCAAUACUUAUCCACGGUCAGGCACCUAGUGCAGGUCUCCCAAGUCAGAAACCGAAGGAACAGCAGCGAAGUGUGCUACGUCCUGCAGUAUUACAGGCACCACAGCCAAAAGCUUUCUCCCAGAUAGUCCUGAGCAGUGGAACCAAUGGCGUAAAUAUCUCGCCAGAUUCUGCAGCCACAUCAGAAUCGCUAAGUAAUGCAACGCUGAAGAGUUCUGACUCUGAAGACAAGGUAAGAGAAUGUCAGAAAAAAGAAUCUAACAACGCUUCAGAUGAUGACAGCUGUGAGAAGGCAGAGCUCAAUGCACAGCAAGCAUUUGUAUUUGGGCAAAACUUAAGGGAUAGAGUUAAGCUCGGCGAUGAAAGUGAUGAGACUGCUGAUGUGCAAAAUGCUGGCCUUCCAACGUCAGACGCACCUUCUGCAACAAAUUAUUUUUUACAAUACAUCAGUUCCAGUCUAGAGAACUCUAUGAACAGUGCGGAUGUAUCCAGCAACAAGUUUGUUUUUGGACAGAACAUGAGUGAACGAGUCCUAAGUCCACCAAAAUCAAAUGACGGUAGUACAGAGAGUAAUAAGGAGAAUGCUGCUACAGAGUCUGGAUCUGAAUCGUCUUCUCAGGAAGCCACACCAGAGAAAGCUAAUAAUAUUUCAGAAUCACUGGCAGAGUCUGCAGCAGCCUAUACUAAAGCAACAGCAAGGAAAUGUUUACUGGCGAAGGUAGAAGUGAUUACUGGAGAGGAAGCUGAAAGUAAUGUGUUACAGAUUCAGUGCAAGUUGUUUGUUUUUGAUAAAAACUCUCAGUCUUGGGUAGAAAGAGGUCGAGGACUUCUGAGACUCAAUGAUAUGGCUUCAACAGAUGAUGGAACUUUACAGUCUCGACUGGUGAUGAGGACUCAGGGGAGUCUCAGGUUAAUCUUAAAUACCAAGCUUUGGGCUCAGAUGCAGAUCGACAAAGCCAGUGAGAAAAGUAUCCGGAUCACAGCCAUGGAUACAGAGGACCAAGGAGUUAAAGUUUUUCUUAUAUCAGCAAGCUCUAAAGAUACAGGGCAGUUGUAUGCUGCGUUACACCAUCGGAUCUUGGCUUUGCGGAGUAGAGUGGAACAAGAGCAAGAGGUCAAGAAUGUAGCACCUGAGCCAGAGGUAACACAAUCAAAUGAGGAAGACAGUGAUGAUGAUGUCAUUGCACCUUCAGGAUCAGUUGGAAGUGGUCCUAACGAUGAAGGUGACGGGCAGAAUGUUGGCAGCACAUAGCAGAAGUGAGCUGAUCUGCUUGCAAGGCUGCUAUGAACACCAUCUUGCAGGCAUCUCUCUGGAUACCCCAGGCCAGCUAUUGUUUCAGGCAGUGUUGAAAGCUCCAGGACUUGAGAACUGUGCAUCCCUGUUCUGUUCGUUUGUUUUUUUGGUCUGGAUCAGUAGAUUCCACACAAAAAAAGCAGACUUGGAAACUACCUGAAUGUGGUUUGGGAUGUGAAAGCUCAUCAUAUUGAUGAGCCAAAAAAAAAAAAAAAAAGAAUCCAAACAUUUCCCCUCUUCCCUGUAAUUGAAAUGGCACAUUACAGCUUGUCACAGCUUUUCAUUGGGAACUUUUGACUGUUUCUUCAGUAGUUCAUGUCUUGCAGGCCUCCGAGAUAGAACUUUCCAGCACGAUUCCAACUUGAAUUCUUCUUUCUUAUCCCUUAUUUCCCCUUAUGAGUUUUUACCACCUGCAGGGAAACCCUGUCCUCCUCAGUUCCGAUUCUCAGACUGCCCUUUUGGGUUCAUUCUCUUCUGGACGGCAGAUGGGGCAGCUUCUGUUUUUACCUUUUAACCCCAACGUAGGUUGUGGACGCUGUUGUUCCCUGUCUAGUGGGUUUGUAAGCAGAGAGGAAAAGAACAUUGUGGUUCACCAGAAAGGCUUUUUAAUGUAUUAAUGGGAGACUCUAAAGUCCACAGGAUGUUUUGCUAACUCCUUUCUUUCUUCCCGUUUCCAUUAUUAUUAUUUGGGGGUUUAUAUUGUGGUGAUACUUUUUUAUUUUAGUUUUUCAAUAAGAUGCUCUUGUGUGUUGAAAAAGUGAAACUAUUGUUUUGUACUGUUCUUUUCUGUUACUAUUUAAGGGAGAGCUAAGCCACUAUAUAUAAUAGAUGUUGCAUACAAUUUUUCUUAGAAAAUUAUAUGUUUCUGUGGCUACGGUAAAUUGUAGGAGGCAUACAGGUUAAACCUUCAGAAAAGUUGAUGAGGAAACAGUUGUUUGCCCUUGGAAGAAUAAAGUAGGCUCAUGUGAUGAGCUCGGUCAGCCAUUAAAAUAAAUCUGUGUAAAAGCAGCUGUCAUUUAAUGGCUUGAUUCAACAAGCUAUUUAAGCACUUGUCUGACUUUACCAUAUGUGAAUGAUCUUAUUGAAGUCAAUGCAACUAUUCAUGCUUAAAGCUGAGUAAAUUUUAAAUAUCUUGCUGAAUUAAUGGCCUUAAAUAGAAAAUAACUUUUAACUCUUCCUGUCCCUAUUCUGUUUCCUGAAGUCUUGCAGCAUGAAUAAAAAGGUAAUAUUGCCAGCUUUGAAUAGUUUGGGCUGAAGGAUAUUGUAUUCUGUUCCACCAAAAUAAAAGCAAGAACAUGUUUUCCUGUGUGUAAUUCUGAAGUACUCCUGCUGUAACCACAAUUUACUUUUUUGCUUUGGAUGUUUUCUAAUUAUUUGGGCCUUUUGUGUGAAAGUUGAGUUUUAUUUUGUUAUUAAAACAUAUGGUAUAUUCUUCUUAUCCAGCAAAGUUGGAAUUUAAUAGUCACCUAAGGACAGUGACUAGGACAUUUUCCUAUAAAUUCCCCAAACUGUUCUAUUUCCUUUGUAAAUAGAUUAUUGGUAGAUAAUUUUUGACUUGCUUGCUCUUUUUCUCGUAGGUUAAGGAGAUCUAAAAUGCACCAUUAAAAGAAAAAAAAAAAAAAAGUAUGUGUGUUGGGGGGGUGUAAUUAAUGUAGCAUAAGUAGAAAAUGAAAACCCGGGUUGUAGUACAAAAGAAACUUUGAAAUGAUUCAAAUGGCAAAACAGCCCUUAUUGCCUUUAAUGAAAAGAUACUUUUCACUGGGAGUCCAGAGAACAUUUAAUUCUACUACUUGUCCAUUGCUAACUGUUUUUGGAGACUUCAGGUAUUGAGGGGUGUUGUUUUGAUUUGCUUUUCCUGAGAGCCUUUUGAAGGAACAUCUUGGAUUACGUUUUUGGAAGUGGCUAAUGAUUAGCAGUGCCAUUGCAUUUGUGAUUUAUCUGGGCUGCCUGCUCAUGAAUUUUUUGCAUUUUGCUUUUUUCUCCUCAGAGUUAUGGGUGGGUUUUUUUUUUUUUUUAAACCAUGCACAAACAUAUCGAUGCACUCUUUCUCAUGCAGCUCUCAAAAAAUCUAGCCUGUUUCUUAAUACCUACACAACUGUUCUUCUGCAUCAUGUGUUUUGGGGAACUUCAGUAUUUUCAAACAAGUGAUCUAGAUUUUGGAUCUUGGAUCUUUUUACACUAAUACUCAGAUUUAAACGGCUCUUUUCAAACAAUCUUUCAAUAUAAAGCUCUUCAUUGUCAGCAUAAAGAUGAUUACAAUUAAUAAGGUCUUGGUCAGCAGGGCCUAAUUGUGGAAAAACGAGUGAUGUUUCCUGAUCCCCAACUCCAUUCAUUUUGGGAUCUGUGUAGAGUCCCACUUUGAGGUGCUUUACCUAUAUGUGAAGUUGGUGCAUGAAGAUUCAGAAGAACAGAAUAAGCAUGUUUGCUUUGAUGGGUUUUAGUGGUAUGAGUCACCUAUGGCAUUCGUUUAAAACAAACAAAAAAAAAAGGCAGCUAUUUACUGAUACAAAUUUUUCAGAUGGAAACCUUGCGUAUAUGUUUAUAGUGAAGAGAAAAAUAUUUCAUAUUAGUCUAAAAUUUUAUGGCUUUUAAA